CAACUAUGGAGUUUUCGUUCUUCAUGAGCCUGGAGGCAGGCAAAAAGAGAGUGAGUUGAGGAUAAUGCCGUCCGGUCCCUUUUCCAGCAAUUCUCUUCGCUCCCAGCGUCCAAAGUUACGACAGGCUACAUUUGUCCUCCCUAAAACUGGCCAGCGUCUGAAGGGCCUUGUUAAUCUACGAAGCGCAAAAAAUAAUGGUUUCAUUGACCCUGAACGGCAAGGGCUUCUGUCAGGAGAGGUUGAACCUGAUCGCCAUGGCGUCGCUCCAAAAAUACCGGGGAAAGUUUUACAGAUUUGGGUUCGAAUGAGGCAAUUUCUCACGUCGGAGCUAGGGAUAGGUGUAUUGAAGUGCAGUUUGGCCUAUUUUUUGGGAUCUCUGGCAACAUUCAUACCUGCGAUUUCCGCGUUCCUCGGCCAUCAAGAUGGAAAGCAUAUGGUGGCCACGGUUACAGUCUACUUCCACCCUGCGCGGUCUAAGGGAAGCAUGUUCAGGGCGCUGAUAUGUGCUCUCCUUGCGUUCCUCUAUGCUGCGUUCAUCUCCAUCACUAGCAUGCUUGUCACCGUCUUUUUCGGCGACUUGAACCUGCUUCUUGUCGGCCAUGCGUUGGUGCUCAUCGUGUUCUGUGGGGGCGGCUUGGGCUUUGUUGGAUGGACAAAACAGAGGCUUGGAGAUCCGCUGGUAAAUGUGGCCUGUUCGUUGGCCUCUCUGGCCAUUAUCACGGUCUUGACAAAAGAGGGCAAGGUUCAAAGCGGCGAUCUAUCCUUCGCCAAGAUAUCCCAGGUCUUGAAGAUGGUCCUCAUGGGAGUCAGUGCUACGAUGGCCGUGUCCUUUUUGAUAUUUCCCGUUUCUGCACGGAAGAAGCUUCGGGCAAAUCUUGUCACUGUUACCGAUACACUGGCAACUAUGCUGUCCAUUAUAACUGAGAGCUUCCUUAGCGGUUCAGAAGAAGAGAUAUUGUCAUCGGAAUUUACAAAUGCAGCUGCAAGCCAUAAGAAAGCCUACGGGCAACUUGAUAAGCUUGUGAAAGAGGCAAAACUUGAACACUACGUUCUAGGUACAGAAAGGGAGUACAGGCUCGAGAAGAAGCUGGUUCGCUGGGUCCAAGACAUCACUCAUAAUUUGGGAGGAUUGCGCAGCGCUGCCGCUUUGCAAUUCCAACUACUUAAGCAGACUACGACGCUUGAAUCUAUGCCGUCGAAUGGCCAUGAAAUAUUCCAUCAUGGCAUGCCGAGCCCGUGGUCGCUUCAGGAGGACUGGCCCUACUUGGAGCCAAUAGAUGAAACGCCUGAGAUGGAAAUAGCGGAUUUGGACGCUGUGUUGCCGACCUCUUCUUCACCAGGCCAGGUUAGUCCAGAUGCCCGUCAGAUCUACCUGCCUGCCGAUAUCUUCGAGAUAUUUAUCAGCCAUUUGGGCCCUUCCAUGCGCUCUCUCGCUUUUACCUUGAAGGAGAUCUUCAAGGUAGUACCUUUCGGAUCUGCACCGGAUUACAAGGUCUCUGUUGAUAGCAGAUUCCACAACAGUCUGGGUCGUGCCCUCGAGCUGUACCAAGAAUCUCGGCAGGUGGCUCUAACAUCGCUUUAUCGGCAGAAGGAGAUCAUGAAUAUCCAUACGAUUGAGACUGAAGCUGAUUUCGAAGAGGUAUCUGCCAGUUGCGGGCAUUUCAGUUUUUCAUUGCUCGAAUUUGGCGAGCAACUCAAAGUCCUGUUGUCUAUCUUGGAUGAAUUGCAGCUUGAAGCUGAGGAGAGACCCAAUGGGAGGUCUUGGGGUUGGUUAAAGUUCUGGCGUUCGACUGAAGUUGAAAGGGAAAUCAAGGAUACUGAGCAACUAUCCUCUGAUUCGCAUAUAUCGCAGAGCCCUGCCCACAAUUUUGAUUCACUGAACAGGUCUGACCAUGAAAACCGACCCCCUCUAUCCCCAAAUGGUUUAAUGCAUGUACCCACCAGAGUGACAAUUGGUUACCGUAUCUGGAAAUCGUUGAGGGUUUUCCGACGCGAUGACACCAAGUUUGCAAUAAAAGUUGGUACUGGGGCAGCGCUUUACGCUUUGCCGUCCUUUCUUUCUUCUACUCGCCCUCUAUAUUCUCACUGGAGAGGAGAAUGGGGCUUGCUGUCAUACAUGUUAGUCUGUUCCAUGACCAUCGGAUCGUCGAACACGACAGGGUAUGCUCGAUUUUUGGGUACGUCCCUGGGGGCAGUCUGCGCCAUUUUGUCAUGGUAUGUGACUGCAGGGAAUGCAUUCGGGCUCGCGUUUCUUGGGUUUCUAAUGGCGACAUGGACUACGUACAUUAUUCUUGUCAAAGGGCAGGGACCAAUGGGCCGGUUUAUCAUGCUCACAUACAACCUAUCUGUGCUGUACGCCUACUCUCUCUUGCAGAGAGAAACUGGGGAUGAUGACGACGAGGGAGGAGAAAACCCGAUUAUUACGGAGAUUGCACUCCAUAGAGUUGUUGCUGUCCUAUCCGGCUGUAUUUGGGGCAUUAUCAUUACUCGAGUUAUCUGGCCCAUCAGUGCACGGAAGAGAUUGAAACACAGCCUGAGCCUGCUUUGGCUCAGGAUGAGUCUGAUUUGGAAACGAGAUCCGUUGUCUACCAUUGCGGAGACACGUGCCCCAAUUGCAAUAUACAUGACACCCCGAGAGAAGCUCGAGAUUGAGAGAUUUCUUUCACGGCUGGAGUCUCUUCAAGUUUCGGCGCGUUCUGAAUUUGGAUUGAAGAGCGCCUUCCCAGACGCCACAUACGGCAAUAUUAUUCGUCGUACGAGAACGAUGGUCGAUUCGUUUCACGCCAUGAACCUCGAAUUGUUCGACAAUUUCCCUGCUUCAGAGGGUGAAGUUUCCAUUCUUCGAUACACUGCUCGUGAGCGGCAUCACCUGUCUGCCCGUAUCAGCCAUUUACUAUCCGUCCUGGCUUCGUCUAUGAAGCUCGAGUACCCCCUGAGCGACAACCUCCCGAAUAUAGAACAUGCCAGAGACAGGCUUCUCGCGCGGAUUUUCCACUAUCGUAAUGAUCGAGCGGCGAGUCGGUCCACAACAGAUGAAGAUUAUGCAUUACUCUACGCAUACACUCUGGUGACCGCUCAGCUGUCUAGUGAAAUCAUGGGAAUCAUGGAAGAGAUAGUGAAGCUGUUUGGGGUGUUGAAUGAAGAUAUAGUCAAGCUCCAGUAGUCCAAUGCCACGCGCAGUAAUGCCAGUGUGCCGUGUUUCCCUUUCGGCUAAGUCUGUACUCCGUAUGCAGCGAGCUUUUCUUGCUGUUUAAGCCAUGUUAUUAUAUGUCAUAGGUGAAUUUAGCCGGGAAUCAUCUUAUAUAUAUCCAGAGCUCUCAAUGAGCG